AUGCAGUCAGAUUAUUUGUUCCAAGUCAAGCACAUCGGUUUGAAAAAAACAAUGAUCAUGGAUACUGAAAUUUACGACUACGUGAAAAAUUCCCCUAACCUAAAAACCGACGAGUCUUUGAAGACGAAUAGCGUUCUUGGCACGAUGAGUGGCGAGUCCGCGGAAAGUGUAAUCACGGUGGGCAUCCACGUGAUAGUCAAGAAGCAGAGCUUCAGUAAAGUAUACAAGGUGUCUGAAAAUGGUACUCUGAUGUUAGGGAAAAACCAGAAGGUGGAGAUGCACGAGAUCAUCGGCAAACCGUUCUGGAGCACAUUUGAGAUGGUGCCGAAGCAUGGCAGCAAAAACACGUACUCGUUGAAGCUGGUGGAGCGAACGGAGUCGUGGGACGACCUGAAAGGCGAACUGAGCGGGCAGGACAAUCGUUUCAUCACCGACGAUGGUACGUCGCAGAGACUGUCAAAGGAGGAGAUCCUGCAGUUGCAAGAGUCCGGAAAGAGCGGCAAGGAGAUAAUCGGCAGUCUCAUCGAGAACAGUACGUCCUUCGUGGCCAAGACUGAGUACUCGCAGGAGAAGUACAUUAAAAAGAAGGAACGCAAGUAUUUCAAGUUCCUGACGAUAUAUAGGCCUACUAUCCUGUCACUACACGAGGUGUAUUUCAGACAGAAUCACGACAAGAUCGGCGGUUUGAGAAUGGACUCCCUGGCGCAGAUAUUGUCCUACAGCGAUGUACAAGCUGAUGGUUUGCACAUGCUCUAUGAUAGCGGAUGUCAGGGAUUACCCGCUGCAGCUAUGCUGAAUAGAAUAGGCGAAAACACCGGUGGCUACUUGAUCAAUUUCCAUCCAGGCAAUGUUCCUCAAAUCGCGAUUGUUCAGGCCAUGAAUUUUCCACAGGAGUUAAAAGAUAGACAUAUCGCGGUGAAUAUUUAUAGUUUUCUGAGAUUACAUUAUCAAGGUGAAUCGAGUGUAUUAGACAAUAUAUCCUCUAAGAAGAUUACUGAUCAUAUAAAAGAAACACAAAAUAUUGAGGAAUCAGCAGAAAAAUCAAAUGGAGAAACCAAGAAUAACGAAAUGUCCCAAAUGAACAUUGAAAUUUCAGAGCUUGAAACUGACACGAGAGAAAAUAUAGUCUCUUGUUGCAACACUGAGAAAGGUACUGAUACUUUGAAACGGAAACUCGAUGAAUCUGAGGAACCCGAAGAAACAAUCCCUGCAAAGAAGCCAAAAUGGUUUUUGGAGACACAACGUGCUUUGGAUUUAUUGAACAACUCAAAGGCUCGUGGUUUGACUAUUAUAGCGAAAGAGCAUCCUUUAAAUAUCGUAAACGAGCUAUUACCUUUUCUGGGAGCCUCUCGACCAUUUGUCAUCUUUCAUACGUAUCGAGAGCCAUUACAAGAAACUUAUAUGGAACUUAAACAGAAACGCAAUGUAAUAAAUGUAAAACUGUUUUCGAACUUUUUACGUUCAUAUCAAGUAUUACCCGACAGGACGCAUCCUGAUAUACUCACUAGUGACACUGGUGGUUACAUUUUAACAGGAUAUUUAGUUCGAUAAUAGCGUUUAAUAAAUGCGUAAUUUAAAUAAAUUUUGAUAUGGAAAAUUGAACAGCGUAUGUUUCGAUAAAGAUGUCAAAAGAUAAAAUAUAUAACAUCAA